AUGUUUAAUAAGAGUCAUGAUGACCUAUCGAACACAAAAUGUAUGCCUGAAACUCUCUCUCUAACCCCUAUUGAUGAAGAGUAUCUCACUAUCAGCUCAAUGCCUGUGACCUCACUUUCACGAGGAGGAAGCUCUGAGACACUCUCUGCAACCACUGCGACCCCACAACCACAUGUUUGUGGUCCCUUACCAUCAUCCCUGUCUGCUAGAGAGACACAUGAGAGUGACAACGAAUGGGAAGACUUAGAGGAAGCAGAGGAAGAGAAGGAAGAAAAUGAAGGUUGCACUCAGGAAAUGGAGAUCUUUGUGACCUUGACAAAGUCAGAGAACAAUGGCUACGGAUUCUCUGUAGUUCUUAACAAAGUGGACACCUGCCUGUAUGUUGAUGAAAUCUUGAAUGACCCUGCCCUUUCUGACGGAAGACUAAGAAGGGGAGACAGAAUCAUUAUGGUGAAUGGAAUUGAUGUCACAUCUUUACCAUGCAAUGAAGUCCUGACUUUACUGCAAAGCUCUCCUCCUGAUCUGCACCUUGUGGUUGGUCGUGCUGACAGUGACCCAUGUCCCUCUGUUAGGCCAGAUGAGAUUCCUGAAAUCACUCUCACAAAAGGUGCCAAUGGACAGCUAGGCUUGAAGCUGACAGGAGGAGCUGGAAGCAAGUUACAAGGUAUUUAUGUGCUAGAGAUAGUUCCUGGCUCUCCUGCCAGUGUGGAAGGCAGUUUGCAGCCACGAGAUCAGAUUGUUUACAUCUGUGGACUGUGGACUGAGGGCAUUAGCCUGGAUGAUGCAGUGAGAGUUUGUGAAGCUGCCACCCAGAAUGUUCAAAUCAAAGCCACAAGAAAUGGCAAUCCAGUGGUUCCUAUAGAGCAGGAAAAUAGGCCACCGGCAGAGACAGAGAAAGUCAAUAUUUUGCCAAAGGAAAACCUGAAUUCCCAAGAACAGGAUCAGCUGCAUCAACAUGAGAAACAUUUGGAGGAAACAAACUCCAGUGCUCAGGAAAACACUCCUGAUUCUCCAGAAUGUAAAGACUUCAUUAUUAGGAUUGAGCUGGAAAAAGCAGAAAAUGGAAGCCUAGGAUUUGCACUGGUAGGUGGAAGAAAUGGCAGGGCUAUCCUAAUAAAAGCCAUCAGCCCAGACAGCAUUGCAGAUCUAGAUGGGAGGCUUCAAGUUGGUGACAUCCUACUUAAGGUGAAUGAGACUUUUGUGUCUGGUCUGCCACGCCAAACAGUUACAGAUCUGCUGCGCAAAGCUCAAGGCACUGUUCAACUCACUGUCUGCCGAAGUGUGGCUUUGCAUUGGGCUUAUUCAGGGAAUCAGAGCAACGAAGCUUCCCCCCAAAACACAAAAGCAGAGCCUGCUAAUGCUGAGGAAAGCCUGCAAGCUCAGCCUGUUUCCACUUUCAAGGAAGAAGACUCCAAGCAGAUGUCCAACAAGGAUCCAGAAAGUACACACAAUUAUCUCCAAGGUCAGUUGGCUGGACAAGACUAUAAAGAUACGAUCAGUAACAUUUCAGACAGAAGAGAAAAUCUGCAGUCUGAGUCAGGCAGCUGGAACAAUGAAGAUGAUGAUAUGCCCCACAGGAUUCCUGUUCUACCUAGAAACAGAACCUUUGCUUCUGGAGAUGAAUUGACUCAGUUAAUUAACUUGAAACCAUCACAGACGGAAGUAGAUCCAAGGACUAGCAUCACAGAUCUUAUUCAAGGCCUUCAGCUGCGGAUUGAGAAUCAAGAGGUGUUAAAGGAGUUUAUGGCUUUAGAACAUGUGACCCCAAUAGAUGACUGCAGAACUGGCAAAGCACCAGAAAACCAGGAUAAAAACAGAUACCAAGAUAUUCUUCCGUAUGAUAAGACACGAGUUCCUCUGGGAGAAAAGAAUGGCUACAUUAAUGCAAGUUAUAUCAGAAUGAAAGUUGGAGAAGAGGAACAUUUUUAUAUUAUAACCCAAGGGCCUCUGCCAUCCACUAUGGCUGAUUUUUGGCAAAUGGUCUGGGAGAGUGAAUCAAAUGUGAUUGCCAUGAUGACAAAAGAAGUGGAGCUAGGACAAGUCAGAUGUCAUCGAUACUGGCCUGAACCUCCCCAUGACUCUAAGGACCUGACUAAUUUCCAUCUCAGGCUAGACACUUACCAGAUUCUGGAAUACUUCAUAAUUAGAAAAAUAGAAAUAAUCAACAAGCAGACAGAAGAAAAGCGCAUUAUAAGUCACUUGCAGUUUACCACUUGGCCAGACCACAAUAUCCCCAAACUGGCUGAGCAGCUUGUAAAAUUUAUUUGUUACAUGAGAAAAGCUCACAGUACAGGACCUAUUGUUGCUCACUGCAGCACUGGCAUUGGAAGAAGUGGAGUUUUGCUGUGUGUUGAAAUUCUGCUCAGCUAUAUAGAAAAAGAUUUAUGUUUCAACAUCAAGCAGAUAGUGAGAGAUUUGAGAGAUCAGCGUUUUGGCAUGAUCCAAACUAAGGAUGAGUAUUUAUUCUGUUAUGAAGUUGCACUGGAAGUCCUUCAGAUCCUCCGAGCAAUGGAUUCCUACUGA